GUGACUAGAAACCUAAAAUAACCAAUAAUAAAAAAAGCUAAAUUAAAACCCCGCUAAGCCUCAAUGACAACAAACCAACAUGGCGAAGUGAAGAUGCAGGCGGAGGACGCGAGAUACCUCAAGAAGAAGGUGAAGGUGGGGUCACUGGACGUGCACCCCACCGAAAAGGCACUGGUGGUCAACUAUGAGUUGGAGGCGACCAUCCUUGGCCAGCUGGGUGAUGCCAUGCUGGGGGACAAGAAGGAAUGUCAGAAGAUCAUCCGGUUGAAGAGUCUGGACAGCAACACAGACGUGGCGGUGCUGGCCAAGGAGGUGGUGGACAAGUGCAAGCUAAUCCACCCGUCCAAGCUGGGGGAAGUGCAGCACCUCAUUGGCUACCUCCUGUCUCGGAAAGAGGCCGGGAAAGAUGGCAAUGUUUCCCUGGACCACCCAGACCCUGGUGAGGCACAGGAGCAGGCUAACCUCAAUGAGCUGGACUCCUACAUGGAGAUGCUGUAUGAGGAGAUGCCAGACAAAGUGCGCGGUGCUUCCCUCAUCCUGCAGCUGGCCAGGAACCCCGACUACCUGGAGGAGCUGUGUCAGAAUGAGACGGUACUGGGAGCUUUGGCGCGAGUACUGCGUGAAGACUGGAAGAAGAGUCUUGACCUCAGCUACAACAUUGUCUACAUAUUCUUCUGCUUCUCAGUGUUUUCAAACUUCCAUACUGUCAUUUCUCACUUCAAAAUUGGUUCCCUCUGCAUGGACAUUAUUGAUGGGGAGCUGCAACGCACAGACCAGUACAGGGAGCAGCUCACCAAAAGGAAGAAGGGCGGGGAGCUGGGCACAGACCCUGCCAAGCUGCAGCAGGACUAUGAACGUAACCUCAAGAAAUAUCAAGCAGUCAUUGAGAAGCAGGACCAGGUGCUGCGAGUAUGCACGUACCUUCUCCUCAACAUUGCCGAGGAUGUGCGUGUGGAGGAGAAGAUGCGGCGUAAGAAUAUUGUUGGUCUGUUAGUGCGCAUGCAGGAGAGAGAAUCCCCUGACCUUCUCCUGCUGGUGGUCUCCUUCCUAAAGAAGCUCUCCUGCUACAUGGAAAACAAGGAUGAUAUGGCUGACCUCAACAUUGUGGAGAAGGUGAGUCGUCUGGUGUCCACAGACAACAGUGACCUCCUCAAUGUCACCAUCCGGCUGCUGCUAAACCUGUCUUUUGAUGCUGGGCUGAGAGCGAAAAUGAUCAAGGUUGGCCUUUUGCCAAAGCUUGUGUCUCAUAUGUCAGAGGACCGGCACCAGCAGGCAGUGUUGGCCGUCCUCUAUCACCUGAGUGUGGAUGACAAGUGCAAGUCCAUGUUCACCUACACUGACUGCAUCCCAACGAUUAUGAAAUUGUUAUUGAGCACCCCUGAGCCUAUGGUGCCUCUGGAGCUGAUGGCAUUAGCAGUAAAUCUUUCCGCCAACAAGCGCAAUGCCCAGCUGAUCUGUGAGGGUGCGGGGCUGAAGCUGUUGAUGAAGCGAGCGCUGAAGUACCGUGACCCACUUCUCAUGAAGAUGAUCCGCAACAUUGCUCAGCACGAGGGACCCACCAGGGCUCUGUUCACUGAGUUUGUUGGGGAUCUGUGUGAGGUUGUGAGUGGCGGUGGGAGCGAUGAGUUUGUCCUGGAGUGUGUUGGGGUGCUGGGUAACCUUUCUCUACCUGACCUUGACUACUGCCAGCUGCUCACCAAACACAACCUCAUAGACUGGAUCAAAGAUAGUAUGCAGCCAGACGCAGUGGAGGACGACUUGGCCCUGGAGGUGGUGGUGCUGCUGGGAACGGUGGCGGGAGACCAGGCGGCGGCUCAGCUCAUCGUGAACACAGGGAUCCUCCACGCCCUCGUCAACCUCCUAAAUGCCAAACAGGAGGAUGACGAGAUGGUGCUGCAGAUAGUUUACGUCUUUUACCAGCUCACCCGACACGAGGCGACGAGGCCUCAGGUCAUCUCCACCACUGAGGUCCCUGCUUACCUCAUUGACCUCAUGCACGAUAAAAAUACAGAGGUUCGCAGGGUUUGUGACACCACGCUGGACAUUAUUGCUGAACACGAUAAUGAGUGGGCGGUUAGGAUCCAGUGCCACAAAUUUCGAUGGUAUAACAGUCAGUGGCUUGACAUGGUGGAGGAGGCUGAGAACAUUGACACCAUGGGAGGAGAGGAAAUGGCAGGUGGAGAAGGGCUGGGCCACUCCUACCUCCAUCACUCUGAUGUCUUGGACCACCAGGGGAUUUACUCAGAUGGUCUGUCCUCCCCUGAAAGUGAGGAAUACCCUGGCAUCAAUGGUCACAGUGAAGGCUCCCGUCCCUCCUCUAAUUAUACCAACAGUGAGGUGAUGGGUUUGAGGGAGAGGCAGAGGCGAGGCCAGAGUAGCGCCAUAAGUGUUGACUCCGUGUCUAUUUAGUGCUGACCUUGAGCAGUUUGCAGAUGAGCUGCUGAAAAAGGCUGGUGUAUAAUAUUUCCAGGCUGAAAUAUUUAAACCUUUACCACAAGCCUGUGCAAUCUAGUCAUAUUAGGUGUAAUAUAACAUUCCAGGACUGAAAGUCUAUCACUUAAUUAAGCCUUAUGUGCAUCGCAUAUUCACUGCUUUAAUUAAUUUAAGGUCAUAAAUAUGUCAGUCAUACAUGCAAUAUUAUCUGACUAACAAGAUCUGAGAAUUUUCCCGGAUUUCAUUUCAGCCCCAACAUAGGCAUAUGCAUCUAUACAAGAUGUACUGAAAAUCACACCCAAAGCACAAAAAAACUAAAGUGUAUGUGUACACAUGACAAAACUUAAAAUUCAAUAGAAAUUAUAUUGGUUAAUCAGUUUUCUACUAAUGUAGUGUUGUUCACGUAAGGCUGUGCAGCUAUCGUCAAGACAAUUAUUUGUUCUUUUCAUUGGCAGCUAAAUAAACGUACAAAAAAUCUCACUUCUGGGUGAUAAAUGAGUAACAUGCACAAAACCUAGUUAGUGCAGGAAUCAUGUGCCAUAAGAUAUAGAAAAUUCUCUCCUUUGAAGGACUAACCUUCUCAUAAUAUUCAUCUGCUAAGUUACUGUGUUGAUAUAACUACCUGGUAAUCAUGCCUUUUAAUUUGGGAUGUUAAGGGUGCACGUGCUGAUGUGUGGGGCAUUAAAUUUGUAACAGUUUGGAAAAUGUAAGUUCAAAUUAUUAGGUCACCAUUGGCAUACUGAUUCUACCACCUACCUUCCAUGUAUGAAGUUUCCUAUCCAUGUAUGGUUUCCUACAUCAGACUGUCGAGACAGGCUUCUGACAACAGUUCCUCAGAUGUGACACUCAAAUCUGUAAAAUGCCAAGUGUAUCAUAACCAGAAAAAGAUGUAAAGUUUAUAUGUUUCUGAGACUGUCUGGUUUUGAAGAGGUCAGUAACAUCAAAAUCAGGAAACUACUGAGAUGUAUAAGCAUGUACCAUUUCAGAAUAAACAAGAUAAUAAGC